AUGGAAAAUACAGGAUUUGGAGCUCCUACUCCGCUGGAGGAUCCACAAGGCGAAGGCAACCCUCCAGAAGAUCGCGAACCUACAAUUGCAUCCACAGAAUACGAUGCUCGGUCCGCGAACAAUGAGCGUCUUCUCGAGCACAAGAUCAUAUCAGAGAACUUUCGAGUUAACAAGACGGAAAAACACUUGAUGGAAAGAGCCAGAUCUUUUCAUCUGCAAUUGCCACCACCAGAGGACCAACCCCAUCUUGAUCAACCUCUUUCUAUGACACGUCCACCAGGAUAUGAACGCAAUAUCUUAUUUCAUAAUGAGUUUCAAAACGAGUUUCAACAAGAACAGUUCUCGAGCAAAAAGAAAAAGUUAACAAAUACCAGUUUUCACUCCCAAUCCUUUCCUCCCGCUGAAUUCACCCACUUCGUAAGAAAUUCACUGCUUGUAUAGUUCUUCACUAACAGAUCGCAGGACAUAUUCCAGGAGCCUUCAUCGAUGACCAGUGGCAAUAUCAAAAACACACCAUCCCUUCCGAAGCUUAUUACCAGUUUCACUGAUUCGGGUCUUGAAGAUUCCUUGGAACCUCGCCAAUUGCAAGAAGUUCAGGAACAGAGCAUCUUGUCUGCCACGACCGAGCCGCUUCAAGAUGUUGUCACGGUCACGGAACAUGAGCCAAGCUCAUAUGAAUCCUCAUUCAAGGGCAGUAGCACAAAUGAACGCUUGAACACCCCAUCUUCACCACCAUCUGCCACGCGCAAGACUUUGAGCGCCUCUCCGGUGAAUGCUCAACGGAAACGAAAGAGAGCCAGCAAGGACGAUCCCAUACCAUACGUACUGUUGCCUUUUGGACCACACAGCAAUCUUCCCAGCGGACACUUGGCGCCAACUAUAGCGCAAUGCAAUCCACGCAAUCCGCCGUACAUUCCUACUCGUCGGACCCUAGGUAAACAGUCCAAUCCGCAUGUUAUUGUGGACAACGAAGUCGGGGUUGAAAGCGCUCCUUCGAAUAUAAAUGUGCCAAAGGAGGUGGCCAGUGCGUGGGUCGUCUCGCUUCCUGAGGAGACUGGUGGUGCCAACCGCGUCACCACAUAUCACCACCCACCAUCGCAGGCUCAACAAAUUGGACCAAGGAUGUCGAACUCGUCUCAAGCCCCUUCUCUCGUACCAGGCGUAGCCGGUACUGUACCAAGGUCCUCUCGCGUCCAAUCGCAAGCUUCGAGCAUGGCAUCGCAGCCCUCUGGUAUGUUAUUCCACUCUGAUCUAUCGGAUACCCAAUUGCUAACUCUAUUCCAAGCUCCUUCACCACUAGACCCGCACCAAUCGCUCCUCCAACCCGCCCAAUUCUUCCGCGGCAAAAUCCCUGACAUCACACGCCUCAUCACCAACCUGAACACCUGGGGAAACACCAUCGAUCCAACCAAUUGCACCGCAAUUGAGCGGGAAGUCCAAAUGAUGGCCAAGGACUCCGCAAUCCUCUCUGUCCUCUCCCUCUCCUACCGAGCCUUCGAAUGGUUUACCAAGUUCGCCCCCAUCAAGUUCCCCGCCUUCCUCGCACAGGGCAAAUCCUUCCUGACCCAACGAGACGAUCUCAUCAUCGAGAACGCCUCCCUCAAGGCCCGCAUCGAGGUCUUUGAGAAGGAACGCGCCCUCCGUGAGGAGGCUGACAUGAAGGCCAAGCCGUACAUCCUACCAAAAGCCAACCGUCUGUACGUCUUCGGCAAUCUCCCCGAGGCGGAGAACCCUCUUUUCCGCUGCCAGGCGAUGAAGGAUGGGGAGGUUUGUGGGGCGCACAAUCGCUUCUAUGUCAAGGAUAAGGAGAUCUCUUUUGUGUGGAUCGAUCGCGUCAAGUGUAGCAAGUGUAGACAGAAGUUUGGGUGCUCGGUGGAGUUUUUGGAGCCGGAGAAGGCGAGUGGUGAGAUGGCGUUUUUGGGAAGGGUAUGUUUUCAUUUUCUAUUCAUUACUCUUCUAUACAUUCUGUAUACUUUUUCUAUGCCUUCAUCAUGUCUUCACCAUAUAUUCAUUACUAACAUAAUCAUAGACUCCCACCAAAUUCCAACCCCAUCCUCAACCUCAACCUCCCACCCAACAACCCCCCGUUCCUACGCCCGCCCCCGCCGUCUCCGGUAUCUUCUCUGCGCCUCCCAUUCGUUCGGGUGCUCUCUCUGCCCUUUCCAUGCCAUCGAUCGAUGGUUCUACUCCUAUCUUUGCGCCUGUUCCUGGUCCCGCUCCCGUUCCUGCCAUUUCUCCUGUCUCCGUCCCCGAAAACGACGAUAACAACGAUGAUAUGGAGAGUCUUUUUGGUGCUGACGAUGGGGAGGAAGGGGGAAGUGAUGCGGAGCUGGAAGCUGCUUUGCGUGCUGCUUUGGAGGAGGAAUAG